UAAUGCUAUUGAUAUUGAACUCACUAGUUUUAUAAUAAAGGAAAUCUUUUUAAUAUUAUGAUGACGAAUAUAUAUAGUAUCAUGCUAAAAUCUAUAUUUCAUUUGUAGUUCACACACUGUCGUCGUAGAAAAUCAUCACACAAAAACAGAAGUAGGUCAAAAUUAUUCACUAUAGUACCGAGGGUCUAGCUGUAUUUGAUACACGUAAAUUAUUCUAUACUUCAGUUAUUUCUUAUAUCAUCGCACUAUGGCAAUAUCAUGAAAUAUGAUUAAAAUAGUUGCAUGGUGAACUAGAAUUGCAUGUGAUUUUCACUUUCUGCUGGUCUGAUAGCCCGGGUCUGAUAGAGAAAGGGGAAAAAAAGAUCGAUAUUUCUCGAAUGACAUGAAGUCAUUCACAACCAAGCAGUCUCGCACAACCCAGAAUUUUCCAGACCGUAACCUAUUGGUGAUUAUUUACGGCGUGUGUCUAUUCAGUACAAUAGGCCGGUACUUUGCACAGAGAAUGGAUGGAUAACAUGUCUAUAAUGACGUCACGGUAGUCGUGUACUCGCAGACGUUCGAGAACAAUCUGGGAAUGCCCCCGUGCCGGGAAUGAUCGGCGAGUCUCUAUUGUUCUAUUGUGUUCACACACGAACCUUCUCCGACUAGAAACUUCUCUGAUGACUGGAAGCUUCUCUCGGCUCGGGGUUUGAGUAUAUAACCGGGCUCAUCGUCUCUCAAACUUCAAUUCGAACUCGAUUUCUCAUAGCUCGGAAGGCUCUCUGAGAGGAAAGAAAACUGAUUCCACAAUUGCAAUAAAGGUGUUUGACCGGUGUUUAACAAAAUAAUUCUACGAGUAUUAAAAUAAUUUUGCGAAUAAUUACUUUUGAAGUUCUGAUCGACAGAGUUUCACAAACAGACACCAGCCAGAUAAUACGAACAAUUAGAUAGUUAUAUUUUUCUCUUUAAUAAUACAAAUUUUAAAUAGUCGAAAAUAAUCAUCUGCAACAAGAAAUGGCACCAGGAAAAGCACCAGCGAUUGGAAUUGAUUUGGGUACCACAUAUUCUUGUGUUGGAGUCUUCCAGAAUGGAAAGGUUGAGAUCAUUGCUAACGAUCAAGGAAAUCGGACCACACCCAGCUAUGUCGCCUUCACAGAUACGGAAAGAUUGAUUGGAGAUGCGGCGAAGAACCAGGUGGCGAUGAAUCCCAAGAACACAAUCUUUGAUGCAAAACGACUAAUUGGAAGGAGAUUCACAGAUGACAACGUACAAGCUGACAUGAAACACUGGCCUUUCACAGUCACCAACAAAGGAGGCAAGCCCAUGCUACAGGCUGAGUACAUGGGAGAGAACAAGACUAUGGCACCAGAAGAAAUCAGCUCUAUGGUCCUGACAAAGAUGAAGGAGACAGCAGAAGCUUAUCUUGGUCAGAAGGUCACCGAUGCCGUCAUCACUGUCCCUGCUUACUUCAACGAUGGGCAGAGGCAGGCCACGAAGGAUGCAGGUGUUAUUGCAGGACUCAAUGUUCUCAGAAUCAUCAACGAGCCCACCGCUGCCGCUCUCGCCUAUGGACUUGAUAAGAAGCUGAAGGAAGAGCAACAUGUUCUCAUCUUUGAUCUUGGUGGAGGUACGUUCGAUGUCUCAAUUCUGGCCAUCGAUGAUGGAAUCUUCGAAGUGAAAUCGACAGCGGGUGACACUCACCUUGGAGGUGAAGACUUCGAUAACAGACUAGUCCAUCAUCUUGCCGAGGAAUUCAAGAGAAAGCACAAAAAAGACAUGAGGUCAAACCCAAGAUCACUUCGUCGCCUCCGAACAGCAGCAGAGAGGGCCAAGAGAACGCUGUCAAGCAGUGCUUCAGCAAGCAUCGAAGUAGACUCACUCUAUGAAGGUGCCGACUUCUACACCAAUGUCAGCAGAGCACGAUUUGAGGAACUUUGUUCAGAUCUCUUCAGGAAGUGUCUUGAACCAGUAGAGAGGGCAAUCGUUGACGCGAAGAUCGACAAGAUUAAGAUUGACACUGUCGUACUUGUUGGUGGAUCGACACGAAUCCCAAAGAUCCAGAAACUUCUCCAGGAAUACCUCAAUGGCAAAGAUCUCAACAAGUCUGUCAACCCUGAUGAAGCAGUUGCCUAUGGCGCCGCUGUCCAAGCUGCCAUCCUAUCUGGAGACCAGAGUGAAGAAAUCAAAGAAGUUCUUCUUGUCGAUGUGGCUCCGCUCUCUCUAGGCAUCGAGACAGCAGGAGGUGUGAUGACGAAGCUCAUUCAGAGAAACACAAGGAUUCCUACUAAGGAAGCCAAAACUUUCUCAACUUACUCAGACAACCAAUCAGCUGUUGCCAUCCAAGUAUACGAAGGAGAAAGAGUCAUGACCAAAGACAACAAUAGACUUGCCCAGUUUGAGUUGUCUGGUAUCCCUCCUGCACCCAGAGGAGUCCCCAAGAUUGAAGUCUCUUUUGACAUCGAUGCCAACGGCAUCAUGAACGUCACUGCAAAGGAUGAAAGCACUGGUCGAAGCAACAAGGUCACCAUCACCAACGACAGUGGAAGACUCUCCAAAGACGACAUCGAUCGGAUGGUCAAUGACGCUGAAAGAUUCAAGGCUGAGGAUGAUGCUCAACGUGAGCGCAUCGCGGCCAGGAACCAACUUGAGAGCUAUGCCUUCAACGUCAAGUCCGCAAUCAAUGAUGCAUCGGUAGAGAGCAAAGUUAGCUCCAGUGACAAGGAACUUGUGAUAAAAGCAGUCGAUGAAGUCAUCACCUGGAUGGACAAUAAUUCUUUGGCUAACAAGGAAGAAUUCUCGUUCAAGUUGGAAGAGUUGCAGAAGACAUGUUCCCCCAUCAUGGCUAAACUUCAUGCCGAUGGUAGCUCAGGUCAACCAGGACCACAGACCAACUCACCAUCAUCAGGGAAUGGAGGACCUAGUGUCGAGGAAGUGGAUUAAAUCUAUACCCUCUGUAUGUUAAAUAGGACUUAGUAAUGUUGCAAUAUCUGCUCAGUUGGAAUAAAUUUAUUUGCAUCACUGAGACAUAAGUGGCCGCUAUAUUUGACUCUAUUCUGAUGAAGAACUGUACUCUUACCCCAUAUCUUAUUAUUACAUUUUAUAUGACCAGUUAAAUGCAAUUAUUGUUCGAAAUUUAUAAACUGUUGAAAAUGUCUAUUAUAAUAUAUAUAUAUAUUUGUAAUUAUUUCCAUGAUGUGGCUCAUUAAUGUAAUAUAUAAAGUUAAAGUUAAAGUCAUAUAGUUCUUUUUAUAAGGUGUGCCUUAUUCUUUUUUCAACCUACUCUGUCAUUUAGGGUCUUGGCUUUUGAUUUUAAAAAGCCAAAAAAUUUCCUCGUCUGUUAAAUAGAAACGCAGAACAAGUUUUUUUAUCACUUAAUGUAAUAUAAAUAUAUAUUCAUGAUAGUAGAUCAAACUUAGCAGAAAGUACAAUACGUCAUGAUUUGCCGCUACUCGAUAAGACCCUGUAACACGAAGGUAAGCGAUUACUCGCUAAUUUGAAAGAUCAAUGCAGAUUAGUUUCGAGUCAGUCUACUGAGCAAAAUGCGCAAGCACCGAUGAUCUUGAUAGGCCAAUUGAAUUAGCGAUUAGUUGUUAACCUUUGUGUUACGGGCCCAUGUCAUGUUUUUACGGCAUUGUAUGAUUAAAAUGCGAGUUCCAUGACAUUUGCUCCUGCGACAAUUGCUCCAAUGAAAAAUAUUUACGUUAAGCAAAACAUAAAAUCUAACAUCCAUGACUAAAUAAACCCUUAUUCUUAUAUUCACAUUAUUCUGAACAAAAAACUCAAUUACAAUCCCAAUUCCAACCCUAUGCCCUCUGAUAUAUUACCGGAGCAAAUGACGCAGGAGGGAAUGUCGUGUCACCAAGAUGUGAAACUUUCAUAAUUAUGAAUGAUUGAUUUCUAUUUUAUACAAAAAAAUUGUAUGAUUUCUGAUUAGAAAAUAGGAAAGGGAGAUAAUAUAUUAUUUAUUAAUUGCGAUGAUUAUGUAAUAUUUGUAUCCAACAUUUCUCUCCAAUAUUCGAUAUCAGCGAGAGUCUAUAGGAUGUCAAUACUUUGUGUACCUUCGUUUUUGUAUUGUCUCUAUUUAUUGUUAUACGAGUAUAAUAUCACAUGUACAUACAGAAUUUUGAAUGAAAUUUAAGAUUUGAUAUAUAAAAUCAA